AGCAUGACGCUAAACCUUCAAGGUCGGAUUGUACAUAUUAGGAAAGUGAGUAAAAACAUUAUGUUUGUUGAUAUUAUGAUAUCUGCACCCUCUGAGCGAGACAAAAGAAAUAGUUUGAUUUUUAAGUUUUGGGAAUAUCCUGAGCUUAGGAAUAAAUGUAUUCGAGGAGAGAAUAAACUCCAUGCCGGAGAUAUCAUAUCCUGCUCCGGAGCCUGGGACAAAGAAAAAUUCUCCGUCCAGGACUAUUCUUUCAUAGAAAGAUGGAGUGAUAGCUCCUUCGGAGACAGUUUUACUCCGAUUCCUCCGGAUUCCUCCAACUCGGAGGUAAGAAAGGAUUUACCCUGUAAGUUCUACGUGAAUACUGGACAGUGUGUCGUGGAAAAUUGUGUUUUCAAACAUCCUGCCAAUCUGCAGGAAUCCAGGAGGGAAUUUCUCUCCGCUAAAUCUGAACGAAGGAUCCGAGUACAUGAGGAACAGUUCUCUGGAGCGGAACUUCAGUCCUCCUGCAAGAGAGCGGAACUGUUCAGAAGCUGGAUUCUCCAGACCUACGGGAGAGAGUACCUGAGCUCCGGGACUAUCCUAGAUAUUGCAGGAGGACGGGGGGAUCUAUCCUUUGAGCUCGGGGUUCAGGAGAACCUGGUCUGUGAGAUCGUUGAUCCUAGACCAACCAAACUCAAGAGAUGGCAGGCAAACAUAAUCAAGAAAACAGGAAAGAGUCUCCCAGCUCAUCACGCAGAAUUUUUUGAUCCUCAGUUCUUCAAGAAAACAAAAUUAGACCCAACGAACAUUCGUUUAGUUAUAGGGAUGCAUCCUGACGAGGCAACCGAGUCUAUUGUUAAUACAGCUCUUCUACACAAUCUUCCUUUUGCCGUGGUUCCCUGCUGUGUAUUCUCUGCUCUCUUCCCAGACCGGAAACUCAGAUCCGGACUUGAACCAACCCAAUACCAAGAUUUUUGUACUUAUCUCACGGAGAAAAGUGACAAAAUAAAAACUGCACAUUUACCUUAUAUAGGGCGCAACAUGAUUCUGUUUUCGCUGCCCGGUCUCUAAACAUGAUUUCCUACAUAACCUUGAGUUCACGCCUUUUUCAUUUUUUUACUCGUAAUUUUUUCAGAGAAAAUGUCGGAAUAUAAUGGCUGCCAUAUGUAUGAUGAGAACGGAGAGGAGAUAAACCGUCCGGCCACUGACGUCUUUGAAAUUGAGGAUUUUACCGCGGCCACUGAAUGGGAGAAUUUUAUGGAUCAACUCGAGAAUAUUUUACGCGGAUGGAAGCUCUGCGGGGGCCGGAAUAAUACUAAACAUAAAAUUACAUCAAGGGUUGAGUGGAGACAUGAGAGCUCUGAGUUAUCAUAUUUAAAUUUUCCUUUCUCUGUCAACUAUUAUAGAAGAGUUCCAGUCGGCAGCCGGACAACUACACCUGAACCCUCUACAGAGGGGAAUUCAAAUGACAGUACUGAGAGCUGUGUGAUGGAAGAUUUAUCCUCCGGGUUCGGAGAUUUCUCCUUCUCCGGUCCAAUUCCUUCAACACUAUUCGGUCUAACGGAGUUUUUGGUUAUUAGCCCGGGUGGAAGGGAGAUCCUUGGUAAUGAAACUAGAGCAGGACAGAUUGUUGGUGCUGUUAAUGUCGCUUUGCAUAAUACUGGCUGCCCAGUUCCUGUACUUAUACAGGUUAUGGAGCCGAGUAAAAAUCUUUAUGUUGGGACUGCUAUUUCAAAAAACUGCAGAACCGAGUUUUCCAGCGUCUUGUUGAAUAGACGACCUGGUCACGUGACUCAUUUGACCGGCCUGCUCCAGCUGUUUAAAAACCGAAUAUCUAACCCACUUCCCGUAGAAAUCAGUCAUGUCACAUGCAGUGUCAGAUUCAGCUACGAACUAGAGGACUGGGCGGAAUACUACUGGAGUAUAUCUCCUCCGGACCUGGAUCUCUACUCCGUAUCCGGAGAUACAGAUUUCAUCCAGCUCCGGGAACUUCAAUUUGGAUGCGUCUCCGAUCCCGUAGCCGGGCUCAACCUUCACACUACCUGGAGAGACCUUAGUGAGGAGUUGAUCGUGGAUAACUCAGUUCAUUCUGAUCUGGAUCCUCUUGAGGCCCCGGAAUGGUCAAUAUCUAUCGCUAUGCAGGAUAAACCUGAAUGUUUACUGGCUAAGCAUGUAGCAGCAGUACUUGAGUUGGGACAUGAUACAAGAUCAGUCAAGAACCUUCUCGGAGAUAUGAUGGAGAGUUCAGAGUCCAACGCGGAGAAUGUAUCCGGUCUGUUCGAUAAACUGUCUGGUGCUCAAGUGCCUAGUGUAUCUUCAUAUUCGUUAACAGAUCUAGCGAAGCAAGUUCGACCUCUGAGGAAUAGAACCCCGACCGGAGGCCCUCUUCAUCAGAACAUUCUAAAAUUUGUUUUAUCCUACCUUUUCCCAGAUGCGGACGAAUCAUCAAAAUAUCCCUACUCCGAUACUCACCCUGAGUUAACGACAGACCAUCUAAAGGAGCAUUAUCCUAAUAUUAAAAGUUGUCCUUUUGAUGGUUUAUGUUGGAGAUUAAGUACGACAGUUGCCUGCUGCUUGGGUUGGGCAGGAGUUGCAGGAGUAGCUCAUCUCCUUCAUGAGUUUUGUCUGGAGUUGAGAUACAGAUGGGAGAACGGAAUUCUUCUCCCAGGUAUUCCUCCAGGUCCUCCGGAUACAGGAACAGCUCUUCUCAACCAGAAGCUACAGAUGCUGAACUGCUGUAUAGGACGGAGGAGGAGCACUGGCAAUAUUACUCCUGAACCUAUGGAAACGGAGAAGGAACCCAGCAGUGAUACUGACUACGAGGAGGAGUUUUUCGAGUGCGAGGAGGAGGAGGAAGAGAAGAAGGAGAAACCAUCAAAUUCGCUCCCGGUCUGGGAGACUGCUGAAGGAAGAGAAGACAGGGUUGGAAUAUUGAGACUACUAAAUGAUGAGGACUGGUUGUAUCGACCUGUUCUCCAGGAACCUGGUCCACUCACCGAGGAGCAACUGGCAGAGCAGGAAGAGGUUCUCAUGCAGCUUGGUAGUGAUCAGGCUGGGAGCGAGGUCAGAGCUAAACUUCAGUCUGCAAACCUUCUCUCUGAUAUGGAGAGUUUCAAGGCUGCUAAUCCAGGUUGUAGUUUGGCGGAUUUUGUAAGAUGGCAUAGUCCGCGGGACUGGGAGGACGGAGAAGGACUCUCAGCCAGGAUGAAACAAUCUGGGAAUAUGUGGACAGAUCUCUGGGAACAGGUCAGUAAAUAAUUGGUAUGACCUUAG